AUGACUGAGAACAACAACUUUUCCACAACUGAGUUCAUCCUCAUAGGAUUCACAGACCAUCCGGAGCUGAAGGUCCUCCUGUUUGUGGUGUUCUUUGCCAUCUACCUGGUUACCAUAGUGGGGAAUCUUGGUUUGGUGGCCUUGAUUUACAUGGAACGCCGUCUUCACACACCAAUGUACAUCUUUCUGGGAAACCUGGCUCUCAUGGAUUCCUGCUGCUCCACUGCCAUUACUCCAAAGAUGUUAGAGAACUUCUUUUCUGCAGACAGAAUGAUAUCUCUCCAUGAAUGCAUGACACAGUUUUAUUUUCUCUGUUUUGCUGAAACUGCAGACUGCUUUCUUCUGGCAGCAAUGGCCUAUGAUCGCUAUGUGGCCAUUUGCAGCCCACUGCAACACCACACUAGAAUGUCUAAGAAACUCUGCAUUCAAAUGACCACAGGAAUCUACCUAAUUGGAAACCUACAUUCCAUUGUUCAUGUAGGGUUAUUGUUUCGGUUAACUUUCUGUGGGCCUAAUCAAAUCAAUCACUUUUUUUGUGACAUUCUUCCCUUAUACAAACUCUCCUGUGUUGAUCCUUACAUUAACGAUUUGAUUAGACUUCUUUUGGCAGGGUUAAUUCAAAUCGUUACUAUUACAGUACUCGUAGUAUCAUAUUUCUGUAUUCUUUUCACUAUAUUCACAAUGAAAUCCAAGGGGGGAAGAAGCAAAGCCUUAUCUACCUGCUCCUCCCACUUCCUCUCUGUGUCAAUGUUCUAUGGCUCUCUGCUCUUUGUGUAUAUUCAGCCACAUUCAGUUAAUGAAGGAGAUAAAGACAAAGCUGGUGCGGUGUUUUAUACUCUAAUAAUUCCUCUGUUAAAUCCUUUCAUUUAUAGUCUUAGAAAUAAAGAAGUAAUCAAUGUUAUAAUAAGAAUAAUUAACAAUAGAACAUUUUUCACAUUCUGA